CAUGUUCAACGCCAUCCAGUGCAAUUACAAGUGCUUGAAAUAUGACAUCAAACCCCUCCCAUGACUGGUGUGUAAAUGAACGCAUGCGUAGACCUUCCACGUUUACACACGGAUCUCCCCAUCACUGUAGACAACCAUAAUCUCUUGUUGCAUUCAGUUUAAGAAUGACAGUAUUACAUUUGCUAUCUUGUACGUUGUUGGUUCUUGUUCAGCAUAGUAAAGUUUGGGGACACAACAUUGUCAAUCUGCGACGAGGGAUCCAAACUCAUAAUGCAGGAACCGGUACGGUUGAUACGAUGACCAAAGAAAAGUUAGAUGGAUUGGAAAAGAAGUUCUACGAAACAGGCAAGGAAAUGCAGAACAAGAAAAAGCUGCAACAAAAGCAGCUAGUGGAGAGUGAUUCGUUGGUGUCAAAUCUCGCUGACACACUGGGAAACGCCUGGGUAAAAAUCAAGAGAAGGAAUGCACCAAAAGCUUGCAUGGGGAAGGUAGACAUAACAUUCAUCAUAGACGGAUCUGGUAGCGUCAACGCACCUGACUUUGCCAAACAACUGCAAUUCAUCAAGUCUUUGGUGAAAGAAUUCAACGUCGGACCAAACGCACUGCAGGUCGGUGUUCUGCAGGUCUGUAGUAACGCAGUGCAGGAGUUCAACCUUAACACUCACAGCACCGAGGCCGCCAUCCUAGCCGCCGUCGACAGGAUCAAGCAGAAGAGAGGUGGUACUAACACAGCUUUAGCCCUCUCCACCGCCCGCACCAGCAGUUUCACGGCUGCCGAAGGUGAUCGACCGAACGUCCCGAACAUCGUUAUCGUAAUGACCGACGGCCAGUCUAAUAACAUGGUGGCGACAGCCAGAGAAGCAACCAUGCUGCGUAAUAUUGCAUCUGUGUCCGCAAUUGGAGUUGGGAGUAAUGUUAAUACUGUCGAGCUGAAGGCCAUGGCUACUGACCCGGAUAGUAAAUAUAUGUUUACUGUGAAAGACUUCUGUGCGCUGUCAAAUAUAGAAAUAACGUUAGCCACGGUUACUUGUGAAGAGGCUACUGCUGCGCCGACAGGUAAGGAUAAAAGGACAAGGGAAUAACCACCAAACCGGCACCAAGUUCAUGAUAACUACCAAGGUAGUGCGGGGGCCGCCUUCUCUGCCUUGCUGUUUUCAUGGUAGAUUUGAAGAAUGUCUGUAGGACGAAGACUCUCAAGUAAUGCAAUUCCUACGUGAAGAAAUACACGUUCUACAUUUUGUACUAGACUAGACGAGCCGAGAUUUAUAGACACUUGGGUAUUUUGCGAUAUUAUGACUUUUCUGAUAUGUAGUUUAGCUUCAGAUUUUAAUUAAUUAACAAAGACAAACAUCACAAUUUAUUAGAUUUUGGUCAUUAAUUUUUUUAUUUUUACUCUACAUAAAUGUUUUGAUUACAGGGAUUAACGCAGCCUUGUAAUGAGGAAAACGUCGCAGUUUGACAUACAAUUAAUAGCAAAUAGUUUUAACUUAACUUAAAAGAUUAAUAUUUUGUUUUGCAUUAAGAAGAAUUACAAACUUAAGCUCCUUGUAAAAUAUUAACAGCAGAUCAGACAAAGUCUCCUUUUCGCUUUUUCUUAGCAUUAAAUAUUGUGUGAAAUAUAAAAACUAUAAAAACAUUCCUUUUAGAAAAGCUUCUAUAAAGAGAAACUAUUAUUUUCGGGCACUGGAAAAUUUUUGAUAAAAUGGCGAGGUCAUCACUCUACUACAAAGUUGAAGGUAAAUAAUGGCACAAAGUACACUGAAAUCAUCUACAGUUGCACAUCAGGAAAAUUGCAACAUUACGCUUAAGGUGCCCACAAAUGUUUAUCUUUGUCUUACAUACAGAUGACUGCAUUGUGCCAGCAUGUUGUAGAAAAUAACAAAGAGGAUAAAAAUAUCACU